GCGGUGAAGCUGAAAAGAAAAAUAAUUAAUUUCCCGCUGCGGUGAAACCGUUUAAAGAAAGAACCCCCCCGUUGGAGUUCUCCCAGAUUAAGGUGAUGCGCAACUGCCGCCUGCCGAUGCAGUUCGUGACGGGGCCCUAAGCUGUUAGCACAAAGGGGCUAACCGAACGUGGAGGUGCUGCGUUGGCCUUUUUUUUUGGAGGGGAACUCUGGUCCACCGUGCAGAGGCACAGUAUGGGGGGAGAGUCUCCUUAAGAAGGCUCAUCGAAGUUAAGAAAGUGAAGGAAAGGAAAGCAACAGGGCAGCCCGUUUGAUAGGUGGCCUUCCUCCCGGUCCACGUGACUGCUCGGCGGAGUAACCGCCCAACAGAGUGACCGCUUAACAGAGUGACCGCUUAACGGAGUGCCCACCGCAUGCGUGAAGACUCGCAACGAUUUGCUCUUCCGGACGCCCCCCCCGAAUGAAUCCGCAAUGGAGAAGGGGAGCCGCGCGCAGAAAAAAAAAAAGAAAAAGGAUGAAGGGCGAGGAAGCGAGGGGAGCGAGCAGGGCGGGGGCCCCCACAGCGCAAGCAGUUGUGGGGAGAGCGAACCAAAGGAGGGUUCACCUAACCAAGUGGAUGAAGGCCUCCCCCAGGAGGAUGACGCCUCGGACAGUCAAGACCAAAUGAGCGACCUGGAGGACCUCCCAGAAUACGAAAGGGAACUUAUCCUCGCGAAGAGACAUGAAGAACACAUGAUAAAGGAACAUCGGAGAAUUCUCCUAAAAAAACUGAAGCCCCAGUCUCAAGUGGAAAGAACGGCAGAUCAAGACGAUGACGCCAACCAGGUGGUGCAGGGGGGUAAGGCGGCACUGGUGAAGGGGAAGAAGAAAGUUGCCCCCCCCCAGGUGGAUAAGGCAGACAUGUUGAGUAGGCCCACCAAAGAAGGGGUAACAGCAGGAAAAAAACAAAAUAAACAGAGCUCGAAAAUUGGAAGGGGAGGUACCACUGCCAGCUCCGCCGUGGAGAGAGACCUACACAGCAAUGACUCACAUGAUGAGUUUAGAAAAGGAAAAGAUUCUUCCCAAUCGCAGAUGCAGGAGAGAGAGGCAACCAAACGGGGAGAAAACGAACCGAUUGAUUACCAAACAGGUAGAUUGAAGAGCGGCCCCAAAGGGGAUGGCGUUAAGGGAAGACGCUUAAGCAAGGUGGGCAGCGAGACAGCGGAGUCCUCCCCGUCAGAGGACUCUUUUCGUAGAAAGAAGAGCGUAAAAAAUAAAGUGAAGAAAAAGGAGACCCUACACACACAGGGGGGAGUUAGCAAAAAAAUCGAUGCGACCACGUCAGAUGAGAGGAAUGAACUCUACCCGAAUGACAGGGGGGAGAAGAGAGAGGACUGGAGCAAGAGAAAGAAGGUGCUCAGGAAGGGGUCCCACGUGCACGAGGGUAAAGAGGCACUUCGUCGUAGGCAUUCCGACUAUGAUGAUAGCGGGGGGAGCGGUGGCAGCGUUAGCAGCAGAGACAGCCACAGUAGCUGCGACAGCCGUGUCAGCCGCCCCCCCCGCGGUGAGAGAAAGACGCGGGAAACGCGCACGCGAAGCAGGAGCGCCACGAAGGAUCACCACCAAGGGAAGAGACUCUUCGAAGAUUCGAGGGACGCAAGUGACCACCACUACCACCUCGGAGAAGGGAAGGGAGACCCCUUUGCAAAGGAGACACAAACGCCUGAACGGUUAAUACAAAUUUACAAAGAAGAAAAAAAAAUAAAACUAGAUGUGUAUAAAUAUAUGACAUACGAAAUUAUCACCUACUUUCAAUUGAAAAAAACUUUCCUCCUCGACAUGAGUGAGCAUGUGAAUUUUGCCUACCACAUCAUUGGCCAUUUGGUGAAAGUGAACGACGUGGGUCUCCUGGUUGGGUUGGCCGGCGGGGAGGGGACUAAAAAUGACCCGAUUGGGAGUGACCCAGUGGGAGGCAACCCGGUUGGGAGUAACAUUGUUGGGAGUAACCCAGUGGGAAGCAACUCAAUGGGAAGUAACCCCAGUGAGCUGCCCCCCCCGAACAGCCAAACGAACAUCUUCUUCAUAACCAACGUGGUGAAGAGCGAAAGCUACUUCUGCAUCGACAGACACACAAACGUGAAGUUCCAAGUUGCCCACCUGGAGAGCAUGCUGAGUCCCCACUUCUUCCCCCGACUGAAGAGUCAGAUGAUUAAAAAUAAGAAGCUACAAAUAAAUGAGUUAACCUCACAGGACAGUAGUAGUUCCCCCCCCCUCCCCCACGGUGGAGGAGGUACCUUCCUAUGCGAACUCAAUAAUAUAUCUGACCAGAGGUUCUCCGUGGAUGAGUAUAACUGCAUCAAAUUAUUUGCCGUGGAUAUACAAGUGUUAAAAAAGUUCCAUCAAUUUUUAAGAGAAAAAAUUGAAGACUUAAAAAACUUCAGAUACACAGAGAGACAAAUUCAGGACCUGGUGGAGAUGAAGAAGAAGCAAAGCUUCCACGAAAUUUUUACCAACAGGAAGAGCUUGGACGCUGUGCCCAUUUCGCGUAUCACCGUGCAGAGGGAAAUCUGCUCCAUUCAGCGGGAAAUCGAUACGCUCAAUUACGCCAAGAGGAGAACCAACCCCGGGGACCUGCAGGCCCUGUCGCAGCUGGGCCACCAAAUUGACGCCCUCACCAGGAAGAAGGACAUCCUCAAGGGGCAGCUCCAGCGGGCGCGAACCAACCUCGCGCGGAGCAAAACCGCGGAGGCCGCCCCCAAGGAGAAGCCCCUCAGGAGCUACGGGAGCGCCCCCCUCUUGGAGCAACUCCCCCACAAGUCGUUGGGGGUGGAGGAACGCAGAGGCGUCUCCCAACUAGCCAAUUACAUCCACGAGGAAAAAAAAAGCUUUGCCAAUUUUGUUACGGGGAAGUUUGCAGACUUGCCCCUCGACGUGCACAACAAGAUAGUCAGCCACUUUUUGCUCGGCUGUCUGCAGAGGGACCAAGCCUACGUGGACAACCCGCCGGCGGACAGCUCGGGGGAGGAAUCGGGGGAGGAAUCGGGGGAGGACUUCCACCUCUUCGGGGUCAACAUCGCCAAUCGGGUAACUCCCUUCGAGGAGCUGAAGCGGAAGAGUUUUAACUGA